AUGGACCGCAGCAGCAGCAGCAAUAGCGGCGGCGGCGGCGGACACAACCCGCACCUCGGCGUCAACAAGCACGGCCGGAACAUCCGCAAAGCAACGCCGCCGCCGCCUCCUCAGCAGCCGCCCCGCCCGCCGCACCCCCAGCCGCAGCCCGCCUUUCAUCGCCCCCCGCACCCGCAACACAUGCCCAUGCCUCCGCCGGGGCCCGCCUGGGCCGACUCGCCCGUCUCUGCCUACAUGCGCAUCCUCGAGAACUCCCUCUUCAGCGCCACUCCUCCCGGGGCUGCCGCGGCGGCGGCCGCUGCCGCUCAUGCUCACGCCGCGGCUGCAGCAGCAGCUGCUGGACGGGGCCCUCCGCAGCACCCUUAUCACCCGCCCCCGCCGCCGGUGCCGUCGCCUGGGAUACUCCCUUCGCCGACCGGAUUUCUCAAUUUGCUCUCGCCGACGCCCAGGUCGCCCUACCCGCUCCUCUCGCCGGGAUUCCAGCAACCCCCUCCGCUCACGCCGAACUUCCCCAUGUUGUCACCGCUGCCAGGAACAGGGAUCCUGGGGCCAGGGCCCAUGCCGCCGCCGCCUUCGCCAGGGCUAUGGUUCCCGCAGUCGCCGUCGGGGCUGCUCUCACCGUCCGGAUUCUUUCCAUUGCUGAGCCCACGGUGGAGAGAUAUGUAGCAUGCGUCAGCAGACGCCCCUGUAACAUUUGACGGUAGGGAGGUAGCUACUGUGAUGGGAAUUGGUUCAUCCGACGGAGGUGAAACAGGUGGGUUGUAGCUCUCGACACCAUUAUUUGUUGCUGUUAAUUGCUGCUGUGCGAUUAGCAUCAGUCUGUAAGGCUUCGGUAAAGGCUGUUGGUUACAUAUUUGUAAUUGUAUAACUGGGGAAAAUUUCAAUUUAUUCACUUUCUUAGCUGCAAAAGGAGGACAGUAAGAACUGGGAAUGUUGUAGUGUAGAUUCUUGAGUGGCUAGGCUUGAAACAUGUAAUUGUAAUUUUAGUUCAAGAAAGAUGAGUUCUUUCUGACAAAUAUUUCGCUCAUGAUUGCUGUUGGUAUGCCUAUUCAGGGAACAUAAAUAUUUCCCCCCCUUUU